GGACCCCUCGUUGCUCCUCCUUUCUUGUCCUAGUCUCUAGUUCUCCACUGUUCACAGGUAAUCCCACCAACAGCCACUGCCCAUGAUGGAGGCCAUCAAGAAAAAAAUGCAGAUGCUGAAGUUGGACAAGGAGAAUGCUUUGGACCGGGCAGAGCAGGCUGAAGCGGAGCAGAAGCAGGCCGAGGAAAGGAGUAAGCAGCUGGAGGAUGAAUUAGCAGCUAUGCAGAAGAAGCUGAAAGGGACAGAGGAUGAGCUGGACAAGUAUUCUGAAGCCUUAAAGGAUGCCCAGGAGAAGCUGGAGCUAGCAGAGAAGAAAGCAGCUGAUGCUGAGGCUGAGGUAGCCUCCUUGAACCGAAGGAUCCAACUGGUUGAAGAGGAGCUGGACCGUGCUCAGGAGCGCCUUGCUACUGCCCUGCAAAAGCUGGAGGAAGCAGAAAAAGCUGCUGAUGAGAGUGAGAGAGGUAUGAAGGUUAUUGAAAACCGGGCCCUAAAAGAUGAAGAAAAGAUGGAACUCCAGGAAAUCCAACUCAAAGAAGCUAAGCACAUUGCAGAAGAAGCAGAUAGGAAGUAUGAAGAGGUGGCUCGUAAGUUAGUGAUUAUUGAAGGAGACUUGGAACGCACAGAGGAACGAGCUGAGCUGGCAGAGUCUAAGUGUUCUGAGCUGGAGGAGGAGCUGAAGAAUGUCACCAACAACCUCAAGUCUCUUGAGGCUCAGGCGGAGAAGUACUCUCAAAAAGAAGACAAAUAUGAGGAAGAAAUAAAGAUUCUCACUGAUAAACUCAAGGAGGCAGAGACCCGCGCUGAGUUUGCCGAGAGAUCGGUAGCCAAACUGGAAAAGACAAUUGAUGAUUUGGAAGAUGAGCUCUAUGCCCAGAAACUGAAGUACAAGGCCAUUAGCGAGGAGCUGGACCACGCCCUCAAUGACAUGACUUCUAUAUUGUUACCUAGAUUGAUGCCGGUCCUUCUCACCUAGAGUACCCUUACUUUUUAUACAGAUGACUACCAUCGUUUCUGCUCUGUUCUGGAUCUGCCCCUUCCUGGGGAACCCAGCGCCCACUCUCGCUCUGGAUUCUAUUGGUCAGCCUCGCUGGUCCCCAAGGCAUCAGGGUGCAGGGGACACAAAGCAACUUAUGUACUCUAUUCUACCCCCACCCCAAAUUAAAAUGCUAAGCUGCUGAAAGCCUCAUGCCA